AGAUCUCGAGGAAAAGCUCAAACGACAACUCAAGAUCAUGGAGGGAUUCGUCAACGAAGAGCCCAUAUUGGAAAUAGAUCUACCAAGCUAUGUUGAAGACAAGGUCACCGAGUUCGUGGUCGAGCGAGUCGAGUCUGAGGAUCCAUCUUCAUUCAGCGACGUGCUCAUGGACGAAGAAGUGGCUCACAUCGAGAUCGAGGCCAAAGGAGCCGAAGUGGUCGAAGUCAAGGAGGAGUCGUUCGUUGAGGUUGAUAGGAGCGAAGAAGAGGUGUCGCACUUUGACGUCGAGGAUGCCGAGAUCGAGGUAGUCAUGGUCGAAGAGGGCCUUGGCGAGGAGAUGCACAUGAUGGUCGAGGCGGCCGAGAUCGAAGAAGGAGUGCCCGAUGUUUGGAUGGUCGAGGAUGAGUCCUUGAGGGCAAGCACAUUCUCAAAGGGGGUGGCAAUGAUACGGAAGUGGGUUCCGGACCCCGGCGACAAGAAGGGCCAAGAGCCGAGACAACCCGAUGAGGCCGAAAAAGAGCCAAAACGAUGCAUGCAUGGCCUAAAAGAUGGGUACGAGCUGGUAUGUGAGGUCGCGCAUGGAGGUGCGCGAAGGCACACGAGAAGAUGGUCCAUAGGCAUACGACAUUCGGGCGCAAGAAAGGGCGCAUUCAAGAAGGAUGCGCACACGCGCAUUGGCUCAUAUCAUCCUAUACUCGAAAAGUAUACACUCACAUACAUGACCCACUCCGACUCGCCAUAUGCUCAUAUGUAUACCUUCUUGCAUGAGAGGAUGAUCAAUCCUGCCCGAGCUCAGGCGCACAUCCUCUUGCAAGGAACCCAGUCCGGCAUGGCCUAUACCUUUGACUAUCAACAAUUAACUUCGUACCUAACAACACACAAGACCUCCACAGGUCGUUCGGUGUAUUUCCAUCGUACUCCGACUAUCUCACCAACAAGGUGGACACGUGACACUAAGUUUCAGUCUCCAAUACGAAACUCCCAAUUUGCCCACUUGAGAAACUCUCAAAUAAGGCAUAUGGACUCAUUGACUACUCUCUUUAAUCAGAAAUCAUCGAUUAAGGAUUUACACACAUUUAGUGGGACUUGGAGGGCCAUAAAGGCGCAGGUGUUGGCCGAUUUUAUCCAGGAAGGCACUAAGGUCGAGGAGGAGUUAGGGGCAGAGUGGCAGUUGUUUGUGGAUGGAUCUGUGGCAAAAAGUGGAGCCAGAUUGGGAAUUGUCCUGGUCUCUCCCAAAGGCGAUUACUUAGAAUUUGCGGCCAAGGUGGGGUUCAGGAUAUCUAAUAACGAGGUCGGUUAUGAGGCGGUGAUCAAAGGUCUGAGUUUGGCUAAGGCGGGAGGAGCCCGAAGAGUACAAGUGCAUUCUAAUUCUCAACUGGUGGUCGGGCAGUUUCAGGAGGGAUUCGAAGUCAAAGAGGACCGGAUGCGGAAAUAUAUAGACGAGAUGAGGAAGUUGAAAGAGGAGUUUGACUCAUUCGAGCUAAUACAGAUCCCUCGAGGAGAAAAUGGUCGAGCAGACUUGUUAUCGAAAAUUGCUCAAAGCUUAGUGGACUGUAGGAGCAGUAGUGUUACUCUAUUGCUUCUCGAAAAGAGUGCAGUCGAAGCGGAAGUGGCGGAGAUUGAGGAA